AUGGAAAAUUUUGGCACAUCAAGACAUGGAACUACUAGCAGAAAUGGCGAUGCUUCAAUUGAUGUGGAGGUCCUAGUGAAAUCUAUCAAGGAGAAGUUAGCUAAGUUAUCUUGCCCAUCCCCUGAUUGUUGUAUAUAUAAAGUUCACAACAAAUUUCGGAACAUCAAUGAAGAGGCUUAUACUCCUUUCAGAGUCUCAAUUGGGCCGCUUCACCAUGGCAAAGAAGGCCUAGAAGACAUGGAAGACCACAAGUGGAGGUACUUCAACUAUUUCAUGCAGCGGAGUCAAAAGAGCUUGGAGGAAUUGGUCAAGUUCAUGGGGGGAAAUGAAGAACGAAUCCGCGGAUAUUAUGCAGAAACAAUCAGCCUCAACAGUAACAAAUUUUUGGAAAUUAUUCUUGUGGAUGCUGCAUUUAUCAUUGAAGUCCUAUUGAGGUACUGGUUUGAUGAUUUAAUAACUCCAAAUGAUCGGAUAUUUAGGAAACCGUGGAUGAUUAAUGAUAUAAGCCAAGACUUGUUAUUGCUUGAAAAUCAACUUCCGUUUUUUGUAAUCCAAGAUCUUUUCGAAAUGACCAAUAUAAACUUGGUCUUUAACGAAAAUGAGACCUUCUCCUACCCCUUUGUUUGUCUCACCCUUCAUUGGUUUCUUAAUUCAAACAAAAUACAAGAACGUCCAGUUCUACAGGAUAUUAACCCCUUAGAAGUAAAACAUUUUCUUGAUUUGCUAAGAAGUUGUCUCGUACCAAGAAAAAGUUUGCGACAUACUAAAGGGAAAUUUGAAUUUAUACCAAGUGCAACAGAGCUUCAUGAAGCUGGAGUGAAGUUUAAGGUAAGUUCAAGCAAAAGUUUAUUUGACAUAAAAUUUAGCGGCAAUGUUUUGGAAAUCCCACAGAAAAAAAUAAAUGAUUCGACAGAACGUUUGCUACGAAACAUUAUUGCCUAUGAGCAAUGUCAUUGUAAAGUUAAGUUUGUGACUGAUUACACCGUGAUUUUGGUUUACCUUAUCAACACUUCCAAGGAUGUCGAGUUACUUGUUAAAGCCAAAGUUGUUGAGAACUGGCUAAGUGACAACAAUGAUGUGUCAAAUCUCUUUAACAGACUUGGCAAAGAAGUUAUCUUGGACACUAAUGCAUAUUAUUUUACUAAACUUCAUAAAGAGUUAAAUGACUACUAUAAAAUUCGUGGCCACAAGUGGAAGGCAACCUUGAGGCAUAACUACUGCAAUACUCCCUGGCAGGUCUUAUCUAUUUUUGUGGCUGCUAUUCUCCUUGGACUCACCUUCAUACAAUCAUUAUGUUCUCUAGUAUCUUGUAAUAAGUGA